GGCGCGAACCCUGAUCAGUCGAGUUGCGGCGGCCGUACCUGUCGCAACACAAUAAUGCAUCGUACCAUAACAAACUGAAACCGGUUGUCCUUUUUCGCAUCUUUCGCUGCUUCGCGUUCUCAUUUACCUUAACCUUGUUCCGUGCUUGCAUCGUGUGGCUUACAUAUUUUUUUUUCUUUUUGACACACCACUUUCAGGUGAAUUCUUCAUCUUUCUUUGUCUCUUUCCCCAUCUCAUUCUUCGGUGUGUACAGAAGUGACCCGCCAGGAUGUCGCACGAUAAUUUGGGAUUUACCUCGAGUACGGAUACUUUGGAUACCAAAAGGUGGUCGUCUUCUAGGAGCAAUCAAAAUGGUUACGAUCCAACCCACAACAAGUCCAAUAUCUACGUGUUGGAACUGGAGGAGAAAAAAAAGAGCGUGCAAGAAGAGUACGAGGAGGAUUACAAUCCUUAUGAGCACAGGAUGGUCGCCCAUCCAACCACGAGCUUCGAGACGUUGCUGCACCUGCUGAAAGGCAGCUUAGGAACCGGGAUACUCGCGAUGCCAAGGGCCUUCUACCACGCUGGCUACGGUAUUGGCACUGUCGCGACCAUAAUCAUAGGUUUGUUCUGUACUUAUUGCAUGCGGAUACUCGUCAGCUCCGAAUACGAGCUUUGCAAGAGGAAGAGGGUGGCUUCGUUGUCUUAUCCGGCUACGGCAGAGGCUGCGCUGGCUGUGGGUCCGAUGCCGUUCAGGCGAUUCUCAAGGGCGUCCGUUCACACGAUAAACCUAUUCCUUAUGGUAUAUCAAUUGGGAACUUGCUGCGUCUAUACCGUGUUCAUCGCAACGAAUUUGAAAAUGGCAUUGAAAACGUAUGUUUCAGAUAUCGAUCUCAGGCUGUACAUGCUAGCGAUCCUGCUGCCCCUGAUCUUGGUCAAUUGGAUCAGAAAUCUAAAGUUCUUGGCGCCGUGCUCCACGGUAGCUAAUUUCAUUACGUUCAUCGGUUUUGGCAUAAUAUUGUACUACAUAUUUAGGGAACCUUUAUCGUUUGAAAAUCGCGAUGUGAUCGGGAACGUCGAAAACUUUCCCCUUUACUUUGGCACCGUGCUCUUCGCUCUCGAGGCUAUUGGCGUGAUCAUGCCACUGGAGAACGAAAUGAAGAAGCCAAAGGUGUUCAUGAAGACUUUUGGCGUGUUGAACAUAGGGAUGGGCGUGAUAGUCGCCCUUUACACGGGGAUGGGUUUCUUCGGCUACAUUCGUUACGGCGGCGCCAUCGAGGGUAGCAUCACCUUCAGCCUGGGGGAACCUCUUGCUCUGGCCAACGCUGUUCAAAUAUUGCUGGCCAUAGCCAUCUUCUUCACCCAUCCUAUCCAGUGCUACGUCGCGAUCGACAUCAUUUGGAACGAGUACAUCGCCCCGAAUCUCGAGAAGAAUUCGCACAAAUUGUUGUGGGAAUACGUCGUGAGGACCAGCCUCGUCCUUCUCACGUUCUUGUUGGCCGUGGCGAUCCCCCAAUUGGACCUGUUCAUAUCUCUGUUCGGCGCCCUGUGCCUCUCCGGCCUGGGACUGGCGUUCCCCGCGAUCAUCCAGAUCUGCACGUUUUGGACGGUGUGCGACAGAACUGAGAGGUCGAUAAUGGUCGCGAAGAACAUGUCUUUGGUGCUUUUCGGGAUUCUCGGCCUGAUAGUUGGUACCUACACCAGCCUUCGUGACAUCAUCAAGACCUUCUCAUGAACCUCGGUGCACCUUUGGAGAUGGUGUACUGAAAGGGUCGAUGAGGGGAGAGCGAUGCGACGAUUAGGAGGGCAAAUGGAGUAAGGGAGGAAGGAGAGGAGAAAGGGAGAGAAAGAAAGAGGAGAGAAGGAAAUGGAGGAGUCGUUCGCGAGACGAGGAAACGAAGACGAGGAAAUGUGAUACAGUUUAGCCGUUUAAUCGAACUAGCGAUCUAUCUAAUUCCUAGUAUUUGGACUGAGUCUGGACCAGCCACGUUUCGAAUUAUCUUAUUUUAUUUUCGUCGAUGGAGAACACGUUCAAACACGUUUUGUUUUCCUCUUGUUCCGUAUUUAAAAGAAAAAGAAGAAGAAAAAAAAUAAAGAAGAAAUAAUGAUAUAUAUAUAUAUACACAUAUGCGUUGAUCGCGUGAUUAUGAAAAUAGUCGGAAGAUAAUAGUUCGUAAGUGGAAAAAGAUAGAAAAAGGGCGACGCCUGGUGUGUCUUAUUCGACGAUACAUUGUGUUCGAGAUACGACUUAUUGUAAAAUAUAAAUAUAUCGAGUAGUGGUAUAUAUCGCUUGACUAAAACCGUGCUUUUUUUUUUUUUUUUUUUUUUUUUUUUUUUUUUUUUUUUUUUUUUUUUUUUUUCUUCCAAAUCGUUUUCGCUUAUCACUAACCGUGCCUUCGACCACUGAUCAUGAGAAUUUCUUACUUCGAAGACGAUAUUUCGAUACGAUCGGUCGGUUAUAGAGAUUAUAUAUAUAGAUCGCGGGUAAAAUUCGUUGUAUUUAUGAUACAAGGAGGGAGGCAGACUCGACGAGAAGUGCAGCUCGACCUUUUUUUUUUUUUUUUUUAACCCCUUAACGUAUACGUAUGUAUUAAUUAUGAUCGACGGUCGGUAAUUUGGCAAAGAUUGAUCAAUUUUUGGCACAUUACGAUUUCUGGAUAAUAAAUGCAUCGCGUUGUAACACAGUUACAUGUCUUGUUUUUUAAACAAAUCUUGAAAUCUAUCGUUCGAGCGAUAGAUUAUCAAAAAAAAAAAGAAAAAUCUAUUGUAUAUUGUGGCAUAACACAAUGUGUUAGUUAUUGCUUUCGAAUAACUAAAUUUGAUACAAUAUACAUUGAUUAUUAUUUUUUAAAAAUCAUCUGUCAUCUCUCUCGUGAUACACGAUAUGCAUUGAUCGAUUGAUUAUUAUUUAUUUAUUUAUUUUUUUCUUUUAAAAAAGAAGCUAAAAUUUCUCAUACACCUAUUAUACGUUGGUAUAUAUAUAUAUCAGUAGUAUUGAUAAACGCAAUCAUAUGGUAAAAAAUGGAUUAGAUUCACGAACGAAACAAAAUCAAUAGAUUCUUGUACGUUAAGUGGUUAUUAAACGAUUAUUUAAAACGAUUAACGCGAGUUGAUGUGUUCUGACCGUAAUAAUUCUCAUCUCUAAACGAUAAGGAUCUUUAGAUGACUGAAAAAUGAAAUGUGUUCUUGUUCUUGACAUUUUGAGAGAAUCUCGGCAAUGCAACAUCAUUUCAUUUUUUAUUCGCUAACACUAUCAUUUUCUUCAAAGCGACAUUGUAAAUUUGUAAUAAUAAUAAUAACAACAACAACAGCAAUAAUAAUUAAUAAUAAUAAUAAUAUCAGAAAUAUCAUUCUUUGUUGCGAUGGCAAAGGAUGCAUGCCUGAAAUCGUUUCUGAAAUAUAAUUCGUCAAUUCGAUUCAAUUCGGCUAGGAAACGAGGAAUGAUAUUUCGAUGGAUUAUUUUUUCUUUUUUUUUAUAUAGACGAUACAUAUGUAUAUAACUGAACAUAGAGAAUAUAAUUAUUGAAUUAGGAUCACGAAAUUUGAUACGGACAUUUGAUGUACAAAAAAAAAAAAAAAAAAGAAAGAAAAAGGAAAAAAAAAGAAAAAGAGAAAGUUGUA